AUGUUCGUAAAAAUCCUUGACAACUUCACCAUUCGCUUUCGUCGCUGUCUCUUGCUUUUAUGUGCUUUAAGUGGAGAAAAGCUCAUGAGUCAUGUACCGAUGAUGAUCAUCAUUGCGAUGAUAUCGCUUAUUUAUUCAGUUUUCGCUGAUUUCGUUUACGACACAAACAACUCGGAAAUGAAUGAAGCUUUAAAGAUUAAAUUUUUGUCUCUUCAUCGUCUCAACUUACUCAGAACUCGUCCUCCACGGCAACAUGAAGAACACUCGAAAUUAUUACGAAUUAAACUUCCAACAGAUUCAACUUUCUAA